UUCGACAAAGUGAAAGUACAAAUACCCUUGCGAAACGUGCUUGUCUGUUGUCAAACAUGGUUUUCCUAUCUCGUCAAGUUUAUGCUCGACUCUUUCGCCUUCGGAGAAUGCAUGAAGGAGUUCCUCAUCCAGAUCGCACGAACAAAAAGAAUUUUAUAUUUAGGCUGACAUGGCAUUUUUAUGGUAGAAGAAGAAACUGUUAUGCCAUAGCUGUCCGUGCAGCUCAGAAGAUGUUACAAAGAGUCACAAGAACACGAAAACAAAAGAAACUGGAUAUGAAAGAGAUGUGGAUACAGCGCCUCUCAGCAGCUCUAGCAGAACAUGACAUGGAGUAUGUUCCCUUUAUGUCCGUGCUAGCUGAGUCAGAUGUUCAGCUAAACAAGAAGGUUUUACAUGACAUUUGUAUAUAUGAACCAAGAACAUUCCAGGGAUUGGUUGAGUUUGCCAAACAGCGACACCAGGAGAUGGGACUUUAUGACGCCAUAGCACCCGUCCCCGAGGGAAUCAUGACACGAUCCAUGUACGAGAAAAUGGAAAAAGAAAAGACAAAACGGGAGAUUCGCAGAGAGAAACUGGGGAAAAAGAUGUUAAAAUGAACAUGUGCUUUUAAAAAGAUAGAGACUUCUUUUACAGUGAAAUUCAAGUUUAUGUGUUCAGUGAAAGGCAUAGAGCCAGGGGAUUAUAAAAAAUCUGCAACUG